AUGAUCAUGGGAGGUGUGAGAGAAUUGCUGCUCUUUGUGUUGACUGUGGGGGUUGUGAAAGUUUCUUGUUACCCUGUUGGAAAGUCCCAGAAGCUAGAGCAAGUCUCUCUGCAGAGGAGACUUGGAGAGCUGUCAUCAAAUGACGUCUCCAUUGUGCAUGCCCUGGCCUUGCUCCGAUCCAUAGGGUCUGACGCUAAACAAGACAGAGAAGAGUAUUUCGAGACUAAUGAAGUAGAAUCCCAAGCUUCUCCAAACCACGGUAGCUCUACGGCAAAUGAUGCCCUGUCCUCUGACGACGCUACCUCUGAAGCUGCCACUGGCCCGUCUGACGACGCUACCUCUGAAGCUGCGACCGGCCCGUCUGACGACGCUACCUCUGAAGCUGCGACCGGCCCGUCUGACGACGCUACCUCUGAAGCUGCGACCGGCCCGUCUGACGACGCUACCUCUGAAGCUGCGACCGGCCCGUCUGACGACGCUACCUCUGAAGCUGCGACCGGCCCGUCUGACGACGCUACCUCUGAAGCUGCGACCGGCCCGUCUGACGACGCUACCUCUGAAGCUGCGACCGGCCCGUCUGACGACGCUACCUCUGAAGCUGCGACCGGCCCGUCUGACGACGCUACCUCUGAAGCUGCGACCGGCCCGUCUGACGACGCUACCUCUGAAGCUGCGACCGGCCCGUCUGACGACGCUACCUCUGAAGCUGCGACCGGCCCGUCUGACGACGCUACCUCUGAAGCUGCCACCGGCCCGUCUGACGACGCUACCUCUGAAGCUGCCACCGGCCCGUCUGACGACGCUACCUCUGAAGCUGCCACCGGCCCGUCUGACGACGCUACCUCUGAAGCUGCCACCGGCCCGUCUGACGACGCUACCUCUGAAGCUGCGACCGGCCCGUCUGACGACGCUACCUCUGAAGCUGCGACCGGCCCGUCUGACGACGCUACCUCUGAAGCUGCGACCGGCCAGUCUGACCAUGCCAUUGAGGAACUGUUGACUUCUGCAUCUCAGCCCCCGUUGACCACAAACAUGGAUAUCUGA